CUUCUUAUAAUAUGAUGAAAAAAUGCCUGAUUUGGUUAUGAUGAAAAAAUGCCUGAUUUGGUAAUCUUGAACCUUUUGAUUAAACUGACCCCAACAAACACUGAUUAUUAUUUUUGGUGGAAAUAUUUACAAACAUUUAUAGUUAUAUAAAUAGCUGCAGUUGUUUCUUAUCUUCCUGAUUUUACAACCCCCAAACGUAAAGGAGAAGGAAAACUAACAUUUACCCUCCUUUUCUAGAAAUGGCCUGAUAGAAGGCCUGCGGGGUAUAAACACAUAUGAAGACAUUUGGAGGUUGAUGGCUUUAAGAUUUAUUUUGUUGCUAAGCUUUUGUGGUUUCUUAAAUCAAAAUCUGAGUUUUCAAUGAAAACCCCCCGAUACUUCGCUUUAGCCCCACCGGAUGCGUGCCCCCUACCCACUUCUGACCGUGUUAACUUAGCGCCUCCCCUGCACCCCGCGCGAGUUGGAGCCCGCGGAAUACAACCGCCGUGGUGCCGAACCCCGGGUCGAUCCAGGUCUUCCUGGGAGAUCUGAGGCCUCGCCCAAAACAUCCCUAAAGGGCGUUCCCUUUGUUCAUUCAUUCAACAAACAUUUGUUCAAUUUCAGAUGCUCCAUCCGUCCUCGGAACACCAACUCGGGCCUCGCCUUGCAGGGGGACAGGGCUCGCCUUGCUAAUGACCCAGUGAAGCCGGGGAAACGGAUCUCGACCACUAUUUUGAAAGUACAGCCUGCGAUUUACCAAGUGCCGUCCCUCCGAGUCCCGAGCAGCCGGGAGCACCACGCCACCUCCCUUCACUUCGCCCUUCACUGCCACUCAAGAAAGUGUUCAUGGCACAGAGUGACCACAGCCACGCUCUGUUCUCGCCUCCGAGCCAGCCUUAUGCCAAGUUCCUCCACACCGUGAGGCGCCACCCUCUCCCCAAACCAGCAGGGGAGCCUUCAGGCCGGGGCACCCAGGACCAAGGACCGGGAGAGGCCUCGGAGCCCAAGCCUCCAACACCUCCAGGCUGGAAGUGGGUGGACGAUCCCGUCCGGGCGGGGCAGCCCUGGGUGUCUCCGCCGGAUUUUUCCUCCCCGCCGACAGGAUUGGUCCGCCGGACCGCGCCUCGGAACUACAACUCCCAGUACGCUGGCUGCCCGGACUUCCGGAAGCCGAAGCCCGACGGGGAGGAAGCCGCUGAGACCUGGCCAAAAGGCCGGGGGUUCAUUUAGCAAGAAAAAAGGGGGCGGGAAGGGCUUGGUGCUAACCUGUCAAUUCGCCACCAUGAACGUGGUUUUUGCUGUGAAGCAGUACAUUUCCAAAAUGAUAGAGGACAGCGGACCGGGUAUGAAAGUACUUCUCAUGGAUAAAGAGACGACCGGCAUAGUGAGUAUGGUAUACACGCAGUCAGAGAUUCUUCAGAAAGAAGUGUACCUUUUUGAACGCGUUGAUUCUCCAAAUCGAGAGAUUAUGAAACACCUGAAAGCAAUUUGUUUUCUUCGACCUACGAAGGAGAAUGUGGAUUAUCUGAUUCAGGAGCUCCGAAGACCCAAAUACAGUAUAUAUUUUAUUUAUUUCAGUAAUGUGAUCAGCAAGAGUGAUGUGAAGUCAUUAGCUGAAGCUGAUGAACAGGAAGUUGUGGCUGAGGUUCAGGAAUUUUAUGGCGAUUACAUUGCUGUGAAUCCACAUUUGUUUUCCCUCAAUAUUUUGGGUUGCUGCCAGGGUCGAAAUUGGGAUCCAGCCCAGCUAUCCAGGACAACUCAAGGACUGACAGCUCUCCUUUUAUCUCUGAAGAAAUGUCCCAUGAUUCGUUAUCAGCUUUCAUCAGAGGCAGCAAAGAGGCUUGCGGAAUGUGUUAAGCAAGUGAUAACUAAAGAAUAUGAACUGUUUGAGUUCCGUCGGACUGAGGUUCCUCCGUUGCUACUUAUUUUGGACCGCUGCGAUGACGCCAUCACCCCACUGCUCAACCAGUGGACAUAUCAGGCCAUGGUCCAUGAACUACUGGGCAUAAACAACAAUCGGAUUGAUCUUUCCAGAGUGCCGGGGAUCAGUAAAGACUUAAAAGAGGUGGUCCUGUCUGCUGAAAAUGAUGAAUUCUAUGCUAACAAUAUGUACCUGAACUUUGCUGAGAUUGGUAGCAACAUAAAGAACCUCAUGGAAGACUUUCAGAAGAAGAAACCAAAAGAACAGCAAAAACUUGAAUCAAUAGCAGACAUGAAGGCCUUUGUUGAGAAUUACCCACAGUUCAAGAAGAUGUCUGGGACUGUAUCAAAGCACGUGACAGUGGUGGGAGAGCUGUCCCGGUUGGUCGGUGAGCGGAAUCUGCUGGAGGUUUCGGAGGUUGAGCAAGAACUGGCCUGUCAAAAUGACCAUUCUAGUGCUCUCCAGAAUGUAAAGAGGCUCCUGCAGAACCCCAAAGUGACAGAGUUUGACGCCGCUCGCCUGGUGAUGCUUUAUGCUCUCCACUACGAGCGCCACAGCAGCAACAGCCUCCCCGGACUGAUGAUGGAUCUCAGGAAUAAGGGAGUUUCUGAGAAACACCGGAAGCUUGUGUCUGCAGUUGUUGAAUAUGGUGGCAAGCGGGUCAGAGGAAGUGACCUCUUUAGCCCCAAGGAUGCUGUGGCCAUCACCAAACAGUUCCUCAAAGGACUGAAGGGAAUAGAAAAUGUCUAUACUCAGCAUCAGCCUUUCCUCCAUGAGACCCUGGACCAUCUCAUCAAAGGAAAGCUUAAGGAAAGCCUGUACCCUUAUCUAGGCCCCAGCACCCUCAGAGACAGACCUCAGGAUAUCAUAGUGUUUGUAAUUGGAGGAGCCACCUAUGAAGAAGCCCUAACAGUUUAUAACCUGAACCGUACCACUCCGGGAGUGAGGAUUGUCCUGGGAGGAACCACCGUGCACAACACGAAAAGUUUCCUAGAGGAAGUUCUGGCUUCUGGACUGCACAGCCGAAGCAGGGACAGCUCUCAGCUCACGUCGAGGUCAACAAGCAGAAGGUGAAAUGGUGGAGAGGAGAAUGGCACAGCGUCUCCUCUGGCCGCGCCUCAGGCCUUCCCGCUGACCAGAGGCAACUGAGAAGAGCGUUGGGUUUUGUGGCUGCUCUUAUAACCCAUCUCCAGGUCGCCUGCUGGUUCCUGAACUGUUGGCACAGACGCCAAGAUUCCCAGUGAUGAGAUGAGAGUAAGUCUGAGCCCAUCCCAACCCACUUUUCUCGUGGUUUCAAAUGAAUAAAUACAUGUAUUCCUUGUGUUUAGUAACACAAUCACUUCAGUUUCUGAUGAAUUUUCGUGGGCUCUUACUGGAGAAAAGGGUUCUCAGAGCUUAGAGGAGUUUUGAAAAGUAAUCAUUUGAUGCACAUGCUGCUCUGUCUCUCCUCUUUGACCCCUUUCACUUUAACCACAUUCCUGCACAACUCGUUUCUGAAAACUCAUCGUGUUUCUGUAGAGAGCCAUCCAAAAAACUGUCUGUCCCUACAUUGUAAUUUUCUGUGGCACUGAGAAACCAUGUAUGACUGUAAUAAAAAUCCAUUUUGUGAAAAGAUA